AUGGUGCUGUACUUGUCCUUCCCCGUGGGACUGUUCUGGGUGUCCAACCAGGCUGACCUCUUCCAACGUUACGUGAUUCAGCGCAAGAGGGACAUCUUCCCACCUGACAACCCUGAGAGG